CCCACUCCACUUCUGGUAUAAAGGUAUGAGCAACUGUGCUCUUCUGCACUUCGCUCAUUAUGGAGUCUGUGCUGAAAUAUCUGGACUGGACAUCAGUGGGCUUGGCCCUGCUGGGUGGUCUGCUCUCUCUGCUUCUCCUGGAGAUCUUCAGGUGGAAUUCCUCCAGGAGCCGAAGCCCCCCUGGACCCAAACCACUGCCCUUUGUGGGUAACCUGCCCCAGUUUUCAAAGGAUCGAAUGGCCUUCAUCAAAUCGUUGCCGAAAUAUGGUGAGAUGUGCUCCAUAUACCUGGGCAGGAAGCCAACGAUUAUACUGAACAACAUGCAGCUUGCAAAGGAAGCUUUUGUUGAGAAUGGGACCGUGUUUUCUGGGAGGCCUCUUCCACCUUUAAUAGAGUGGAUCACCAAAGGCUAUGGUAUUAUUGCAGCCAAUUAUGGUCACUCUUGGAGGCAGCAGCGCCGCUUUGCUCUGCACACGCUGCGUGACUUUGGUCUGGGAAGGAAAACUGUGGAGGAGCGCGUGGCUGAGGAGGCGCAUUACCUCAUCAAGGAGAUGCUCAAACAGGAAGGGAAGCCUUUUUAUCCCAUCCACCAAUUUAUGAAUGCCGUUUCCAACAUAAUCUGCUCCAUCAUCUUUGGAGACCGCUUUGAGUACAACGACAAGCGCUUUGCUAAGCUGCUAGAAAUUCUGAAUGAAAACUUUCAGCUUGGGGGAACACCUGUGGUGCAGAUCUUCAACUUGGUCCCGAUUAUAAAAUACUUUCCAGGGCCGCAACAGAAGAUAUGGAAUAAUUUCGAAGCUUUAAAAAUAUUUAUCCUUGAAAUUGUGGAGGAGCACAAGAAGACUCUGGAUGCAGACAACCCCCGUGACUUCACUGAUGCUUACCUGAUCCAGAUGACCAAGCAAGAGGCAAAGGAAGACUCUACAUUCCAUGUGGAGAACAUGAUGAAGUCAGUCCUCGACCUGUUCGUAGCUGGAACAGAAACUACAGCGACCACCCUCAGAUGGGGCCUCAUUUACAUGAUGGACCACCCUGACGUCCAAGAGCGCUGCCAUGAGGAGAUCGUUCGGGUACUGGGUUUUGACCGCUCUCCUUGCAUGGAAGACCGCCCACAGCUCCCGUACACUUACGCCACUGUUUAUGAGAUCCAGCGCUGUGCUAGCAUCACUCCUCUUGGCCUGAUUCACCAAACCACUGAACCAGCACAGCUAAGAGGAUACCACCUGCCCAAGGGAUCUACAAUCAUGGUCAACUUAAAGGCCAUCUUAACUGACAAACAGCACUGGAAGUAUCCAGACACGUUCAACCCAGAGAACUUUCUGGAUGAAAAAGGACAGUUCUGCAGAAAUGAUGCCUUUCUGCCAUUCUCUUUGGGUCCAAGGGUGUGUCUGGGUGAGUCUCUGGCAAAGAUGGAGCUCUUCAUCUUCUUCACCUCUCUGCUCCAACGCUUGAAGUUCUCAUGGCCUGCUGGAGCUUCACGCCCAAACAUGGAUGGCAUUGUGGGCGUGGUUCGUUCUCCAUUCCCCUUCAAUACCAUCUGCCGCAGCAGAGAGACCACUCACUGAAUCAAGUUUGCCCUUUACAUGUGAAUGGACAACAUCACCCAGGAGAAGUUCCCCUUCUUUAACACAUCUAAUCAAUCUCAAUAACAAAACAUUAUCAAGCUCUAUCUUUCUACGAGGACCAAUCAGGGGUAAAUGUACAACAUAUGAUAUUCCACCAAAACAAAGGACUUAUAUGGUUUAAAAGGAAUGUUGAGGGGAAAAAGGCCAGUUCUAUAAUAUUAUAUUGCAGCUCAAACGUCUGAGUUUAAAUUUUGAUUAAAAAAACAGAGAUGAGUUCUGACAAGACAAAUGGAAAAGAUAUAUUUAAGAUUCUGCAUAAGCCCCUUAUAGACAGUAGUUCACAGUUAAAGGUUGGGAAAAAUAUUUAAUGUGUAAAAUACAAUAAAGUGCUUCAUAAAAUGUUUAAUUGAUCAUAGUUUCUGCUCAAUAAAGUGAUUUACUACUUUCAUUACUACUAUCAUGACUACUAAAAAUAUUAGCCAGGUCAUUAGCAGAUAUUGAAUGACCAGAUUCUUGCAUCUAAGGCUUAAUAAAGGCAAAAUAAUGGAUGUCUAAAAUAAUGUGCACAAGCUUAAAAUGUAUAAUACAUGAAUAUAAAUGUUCUAAAAAGUGCUUCAUUCAAUCUAUUUACUGCUUAAUGAAGUAGCCGUAAGCAGACAGCUAAUUAGCAGCUACUCACUUGAUAAGGCUUAAAGACCCUUAUAAUGUCCUCCUACACUAAAGUGUUACUGAAACCACAGCUUUAAUGAGUGAAAUCCAAAGAUUAGAGCUGAAGUUUGAAAUUCAAAUGAAUGCAGUUAAUGACAGCAGCUUGGAUCAUGUCCCAAAACUAAAUCAUUUCUCACCUCCACAGGAUUUAAAAAAGAAAGACAUCUUUUCUUUUAUUUCACCCUGCCUGAGUUGUUUUGUUGUAUUUUGCAGUGUGUAGCAGUUUCAGCAUGCAUGUAGCAAUAUUGUGUAAUGACUCUUUUAUUGUGUAAUGACUCUUUAAUGACUGUGUAAUUCAGAGAAUAGAGUGACAAUCAGGGGGGAAAAUGUGUGUACGCAAAACAAGUUUUUGUUUAUCAUUUUUGUUUAUCACAGGGUGCAAUACUGGCGAUUUCCCAACACAGACCGGUUGGUCUCACUUUAUUGAAUGCUUAUAAUAACCGUGUUAUCAAUUAAUAAUACAUGCAACAACACUGUAACUGGUACUAAUGAAUUCACAAUUACAGAUGGAUUACAGUACUACAGCUUAUGUAAAUACACAUGCAUUUCAACUUCAGUUUCUACUCAUGUAAUUACACAAGUGUAUCUUCAUAACUGUAUCAGCACUUUUUUAUGUUAUUACACAUGUGUAAUAGGCUGAACUGCUUUUUUUACUGGCAUAUUACUACAGCGAGCUACAUGUUAUGCUAGUUGGCAUUUCCUGUGCAGAUACAAUGUAAGUCCUCUCACAAUGUAGGUAAGAAUCAGGCAACAAUGCUGUUACAAUCAGAAGAGUGUUGGUAAUAAAAUAGCCGUUCAUAUAAUGGAA